ACACGCCCGCCGCCGAAGAAGCCCACCCCGCCCCGCCGGAGCCCUCCGGCGCCGGGGUCCGUCCCCGUCCCCGUCCCCGUCGGCGACGGCGAUCCGCGCGUCCCGCUCCUGAACCUCGCCACCGUCAGCGUGAAGAUGGACUCGGUGCAGCAGUUCCUGUCGCAGUCCCUCCGCAGCAACGCCCUCCUGCGCAAGGACCAGAUGGACAUGGUGUCCGCGGAGAUCGCGUCGGCGAUCCACCAGGUCGUAGUCAACGGCGCCGCCCUGCUGGCCUGCUUCCAGAACCCCAGCCCCGAUCCCGAGCCGUGGCGCGCGGAUCCGAAGCUGCUGCCGCCGGCGCUGGCGGCCGUGAACCCCGUGGACCCGGCGGUGGCGAGGCCGCCGGAGGUCGAAUUGAAGGACGAGAAGGACGAGCUCGACGCCGAUUGCGAGAUCGUGGAGCUCGACGCGGUCGAGCUACUCGCCGAGCACGUCCACUUCUGCGACAUUUGCGGGAAGGGGUUCAAGCGGGACGCGAACCUGAGGAUGCACAUGCGCGCGCACGGCAAUCAGUUCAAGACGCCCGAGGCGCUGGCGAAGCCCGAGAGGUGCGUGGACGCCCCUCGGAAGACCAGGUUCUCUUGCCCCUUCGAUGGGUGUAACCGGAACAAAGGACACAAGAAGUUCCGGCCCCUGAAAUCGGUGAUCUGCGUGAAGAAUCACUUCAAGAGGAGCCACUGCCCGAAGAUGUACUCGUGCAACAGGUGUAACAAGAAGAGCUUCUCGGUGCUGGCCGACUUGAAGAGCCACUUGAAGCACUGUGGGGAGUCUAAGUGGAAGUGUUCCUGUGGGACCAGCUUCUCCAGGAAGGAUAAGUUGUUUGGACACAUGGCUCUGUUCGAGGGUCACAUGCCCGCGGUCGCCGUUGAUGAUGAGGAGAAGGCGUCUGGGUUUGUUCCUAUGGAGGAGGAUGAUGAAGAUGAGGAUGCCAAGAUUGAGGAUGAGGAAUUGGCGUUGAAUUCAGUCGACAGUGGUUUCUUUGAUGGGUUGCUUGAUGGGUUUGGAUCGCUUGAUAACUUCUCUUUUCAAGAUGUCUUGAAUGGGAUGGGCAGUGGUAUGCAGGAGUUUCCCAGGGUUUGACAUUUGGCCGGUGGAUGAAUUUAUGUUUGGUGACGUACUUGCUUUGUUGUACACUUUAUGUUCCUGUAUUAAUGUUGAAUAUGAUUUUGUGUUUAUUGGCGUUAUUGUUAUUGAUCAUUGUAGCAUCUAUACUUCCUGGUCGUUUCUCUAUGUGCAAUAAAUUUUUCAUCUUUACUUA